AUGUUUUCUCAUGUGCCUCAAGGCGUUCGAUUAACUUUAAUGGCUAUCAACUCCGUCCUCAAAGCAGAAAUUUUAUCUCGAAGAGUUUUUAUUAAGACAUCGUCUCGAAUGUCAAAUCAAUAUGUAUAUGAGAAUCUUGUUACCAGUCUUUUGAAAACAAUUUCUUGUGGUUUAACAUUGAGACAUUAUGCUUAA